GAAUAGUGUGCCCCUUGUUGGCCCUUUGUGGGUCCUAUUUAGGCCCUUUAUGAAUCUCUUUUCAUGAAGGCCGAAUCUCUUGCCUACACCAAUAUGGAUCUUUGAGUUAAUGCAGACUGCAAAACUCAUCAAUUUUGAACCGUUCAACUCAACGUUUUUCACUGCCGUCAAUGUCAUGAUCCAUUCGAUUUGGUCGGACGAGGGCAGCAACUGAAGACAGAGGGGAGUGCCAGACUGAUUAGUGAAUGGGUAAUUAGUAGCAGAUCUUUCAAUAGGGAAGGGAGGAACUCUACCAAAAAAAAAAGAAGAAAAAAAGGGCAGUGAGGAAGAAAUCAGAAAAGAAAGGCGGCAGCCGCGGCACCGUUGCUUCGAGGUUUACCCAAAAAAAAAAAAAAAGACCGUUGCUUCGAGGAAGCUUCGUAGCAAUUUCCUAUCAGACAUCUCCGGUUUAAUAUUAAAAAUAAAAAAACAAUGACACCUCCGCUCUUGACGAUACGGGAAAUGACUCCGUUGCCUAUUAUUAAUUUGACUUCUAUCGAUUUUGGUCCCCUUUGCCAUUAGUGGGAACUGCGAAGAGGCCAAUCAUAAACACGAGACAAACAUAACUCCUCUGUUUUUUUCCCUUUUCUGUUUGUCUAUUUUGAAUUUUAUAUAAUUUCUAAAAUUUCGGACGGAUAAUUUCCUGCCUUCCUUCGUCUGCCAGUGCAAUGAAUUCCGUCUGACCUUCACCCGUCUUCGACUUACCAGUCAAAUUCAUAGAUUUUGUGCCGCUGGUGAUUCUUCGUUUCUAUCAUUCCCAUUGAUUCUGGCGUAUUAUCUUUGGAGAGUGGAGGAAGUCCGGAAUUUGAAGCCUCUCUAUCGCCAGUUCUCUCAGCUGCGGUAGUGCGACAAUUUCUUUUCUCCAGAUCUUGAACACAAGUCCUAGCUGGUUGCAGAGAUGGGAUCCAUAGAGGAGAAGACAGGCCUUGAACCUGAAGAGGAGAUCCCAUUUUGUUCAUCACAAUCCUCGAGAAAGAUGCAUGCCUUUGAAACAUCUCAUGGUUUACCAGAUGUCUCUCACACUUGGAGUCCUAAGCGUAUACAUUAUAAAGCUGCAUUCAAGAGCAUUAAUGCCGUCUUGAUCAAAGCCAAGAUUAAUAUGUUGUUACCUUUUGGUCCCCUUGCAAUUUUGCUUCACUAUCUUACUGGAAAGCAUGGAUGGGUCUUCCUCUUCACCUUAGUGGGCAUCACACCUUUAGCAGAGCGUUUGGGUUAUGCAACAGAGCAGCUUGCAUUCUACACAGGACCUACAGUUGGAGGUCUUUUAAAUGCUACUUUUGGCAAUGCAACAGAAAUGAUAAUUUCCAUCUAUGCUUUGAAGAAUGGCAUGAUAAGAGUUGUUCAGCAGUCACUACUGGGCUCCAUAUUGUCAAAUAUGCUAUUAGUUCUUGGGUGUGCCUUCUUCACUGGUGGGAUUGUUCAUUACAAGGAAGUGCAAGUCUUCAAUAAGGCAGCUGCCGUGGUGAACUCUGGAUUACUGUUGAUGGCUGUCAUGGGUAUAAUGUUCCCUGCUGUACUUCACUUCACACACACAGAGGUUCACUUUGGAAAGUCAGAAUUAUCUCUUUCAAGAUUUAGCAGUUGUAUUAUGUUGGUAGCGUAUGCAAGCUACCUCUUUUUUCAGCUGAAGAGUCAACAGAAUCUCUAUAGUCCCAUUGAUGGAGAAAUAAACCAUAUUGAAGAAGAGUCUGAUGAAGAGGAAGUUCCUGAGAUAACUCAAUGGGAGGCAAUUGCAUGGCUUGCUGUUUUGACAGGAUGGGUUUCCAUCCUCUCUGGAUAUCUUGUUGAUGCCAUUCAGGGAGCUUCUGAUUCCUUGAAUAUGCCAGUGGCUUUUAUUAGUGUAAUCCUGCUUCCUAUCGUAGGAAAUGCUGCUGAGCAUGCUAGUGCAAUCAUGUUUGCCAUGAAAAACAAACUUGACAUCACUCUUGGAGUUGCAAUUGGGUCAUCUACACAAAUAUCUAUGUUUGUGAUUCCUUUCUGUGUGGUUGUUGGUUGGCUUAUGGGCCAACCAAUGGACUUGAAUUUUCAGCUCUUUGAGACUGCUACACUCUUUAUUACAGUUCUAGUAGUGGCAUUUAUGCUGCAGGAAGGGACUUCAAACUAUUUCAAAGGUCUGAUGCUUAUUUUUUGCUACCUUAUAGUCGCGGCCAGUUUUUUUGUGCAUGUAGACCCUUCAAACGGUAAGUUUGCAGACCCACCCAACAAAAAAAAAAAGAAAAGAAAGAAAGUUCACGGGAAUUUUUAUUAUAAGUUGCCACUUUAUUAUCACUGGCUAAGCUGAGUCUUGAAUGUGCUGCAUUGUAUUGCAUUUUUCCGAACUUGUUAACUAGUUUCUGAAUUGACUAAAAAUAUUCAAGGUGAGGUUCGAUGGUGCAUGCUUUUGCGGAUGAUAUUGUUUUAUUGGAUGACACAAAAAUAGGUCUCAAUGCUAAACUGGAGUGA